AUGGCUACUCUUGUAGUCCCAUUAUGGCCUUCGUCCAGUUCCUGGCCUCUUCUAACAAGAAAAUAUCGGUCGUUCAUUAAAGGAUGCUUUACGCUGAAUGCAUUCCAAGCUCUCACCCUGGGAAGAAAUUCAAGUUCAUUCCUUGCUUCUCCUUGCUUUACAGGCGAGGUUGUUGCGCUUAGAUUCCAAUUUUCCUGACUUAUCCAGCUUUUUUGCCCUUCGAGUAGGUUUCUGAACUCGCAUUUAGUGCUGUUAUUUGCAGGAUUUGACACUGGUUAUUAAUUGCAUGGACAGCUGUGUCCAGGGUAAAUGACACUGGUCAUGUGAAGGGACGACUGCGUCCGUUGGAGAAGAUUAGAGCGAGAAGGUUUCGAGUUCUCUCGACAAUGGAAGACCUGUUCACGUGUGGAAAAUUGUGUCUUUUUUUGACACUGGUUCGCGGGCCAUUCUGGUCCAGGUUUUUCACAAAGUUGAACUGCGUUGUUCCUGUUGGUUUAGGUUUUUUAUCUUUCUUAAUCAAGGCUGUAACUUUGUUUUUGCUAAUUGGUAGGUUAUUUAAGUGUCCGAGCUGGCUGUGUCCUAUUUUACAUCUGUUUGCAUGUAGUUUGUGGAGCCUUUUGGGGGUUUAAAUGAUCUACAAGGGCAAGUCGCGUUUCGGAUAUAUAUGCAGUUAUUACGCGUUUGUUUUUUAGUUUUCUUUGUAGGUUAUUCGCUUGACCUUUGUUUGCGCGCCUAUUUUGCCCCGGGAGGUCGGUGUAGUUUCUAACUAUAAUGCAGCCUGCAGACAUUGCGUCAUAGCCAUAGGGUCGCUUAUUAGAACCGUUGUCAUCGCUUGCGUCACGAUUGCUAAAGCCGUUAAUAUGUUGUUGUAAAAUUUUGGUGAUAUAAUUUUGUUCUUGCCGGUCGUAAUUGCAAGUUAAGCAUGGAUGGCGCUCCCCCUGGAUAUUAGGCCGGAUUUCAAUUCUUUAUUUGAUUGCUUACUAAGUUCCAAGGCGGAUUCUACUGUGAAGAAAUAUCUUAAGGAAAUAAACAAGUUUGUGCUGCGGUGUAGAACUAGGAAAUUUGCGCUACAAUUGCCUUUUUCUUCUUCGGUUGUCGUCUUUUUUUCUAUUUGGCUUAGAUCAACAGCUUAGGUCCCCGGCCGCAAUGGUUUUGGUUCAUGCUGCGCUGAAAUGGUUCCAUUCCUUUGUUCCUGAUGAUGGUCCCAAUCCUUUGGAUAACGCUUGUUGCAAGAACUUGAUUGAGUGCGCCAAGAGGACAAGGAGCAAUCCAGUUGACAAGAAAAAGCCCGCCAUCAUUAGAAGCAUUAUUGACAGGCAUGACGCUGAGGAAGCAUCUUUAAAGGACUUACGUAUUACCGCAAUAAGUUCUUUAGGCUUUGCAGGAUUUUUUCGUUUUAACGAUUUGCCUAAUAUUCUGCCAAAACACCUCACGUUUUGCGAUGGUUUUGUUGAAAUUCUUGUGCCAAGGAGUAAAACGGAUGUAUAUAAAGAGGGAAACUAUGUUUAUAUCGUUAAGCUAGAGAACAAGUACUGUCCAGUAGCUAUCCUACGUAGGUAUAUUGAGGCAGCCACUUUGGAUCUGUCUAGUCACUUGCCUUUAUUCAGGCUACUAAUGAGGAACAAGUCAAGUUAUAGUCUUAGGAAUGGCAAGUUAUCCUAUACCCGCUGCAGAGAUAUAUUUAAGACUACUUUGAAAGAUUUGGGCUAUGACCCCAAGGAAUAUGGCUUAUAUAGUCUGCGUUCUGGGGGUGCUACAGCUGUUAUCAGCAAUAACGCUUCCAUAGCCGUUUCUGAGAGGUUGUUUAAACUUCAUGGGCGCUGGAAAACAAACGAAGCGAAAGACAUUUACGUUUUAGAGACAGAGUGUAAUCGUUUAAGUGUGACGAAAUAUUUAGAUAUAUAG